AUGGUUCAAUGGCGAGGACGGCGCACCAGCUCGAAUGUUGAAGAUGCCCGCGGUCAACGCGCCAGUCGAGGCGCACGCGCUGGCGGUCUGAAGCUUAAAGGCGGUAUCGGCACCCUGGUGCUGAUUGGCGUUGUGUAUUUCAUGGGUGGUGACGUUUCUCAAAUUCUGGGCAUGCUGUUAGGUGGCGGUGGCGCGCCACAAGUCAGCCAGAAUGCACCCCAGGUCAACCCUGGACCGCUAGGCAAUGACGAUGCCGCUCAGUUUGUUGGCGUGAUUCUCGCUGAUACGGAAGACACAUGGACCGCCUUGUUUGCUCAGGCAAAUGCGCAAUAUCCCCAACCCAAGCUGCGACUAUUCAGCGAUGCCGUCAACUCGGCUUGUGGCUAUAACACAGCCGCGGUGGGACCCUUUUAUUGCCCACCGGAUCAAAGAGUUUAUCUGGAUCUGUCGUUUUUCAAUCAGCUUGCACAACUGGGUGCACCGGGUGACUUUGCUCAGGCGUAUGUCAUUGGUCACGAAGUAGGGCAUCACAUACAAAACGUCACCGGUGUCUUACAGGCUGUUGCCGAGCGCAAACGCGGUUUAUCUCAGACCGAUGCCAAUCAAUUACAGGUUCUGGUGGAAUUGCAGGCGGAUUGUUAUGCGGGCAUCUGGGCCCACUACGCUGAAAAUGAACGGAAUCUACUUGACCCUGGUGAUGUAGAAGAAGGCCUUGCCGCGGCCGCUUCGAUUGGCGAUGACGCUCUGCAACGCCGCGCAGGCGGACAGGUGCGGCCUGAAUCGUUCACCCAUGGAUCUUCAAGGCAGCGUCAGGCCUGGUUCAAUACCGGCCUGGAGCAAGGCAGCGUUGCCGCCUGCGACACAUUCACAAACGCCGGUGUACAACUCUGA